CCCCCCUCUCGCCGUCGUCGCGCCUCGACGGCUUUGCUCCCGCGCCGCCGCCUCUCGACGCCGUACCGUACCCAGCGCUCGCCAAGGAGCAAGAGGAGGAGGACGAGGUAGAGAGAGAUGGGGCUGAGGGAGAAGAAGCGGAACCAGAGGCGCGUGCUCGCCCGGCGCUCGGCUGCUCCCCGCUCCGGGGAGGGGAAGGACUUCCUGCCGCUGGAAGAGAUGCCUGGGAAGAAGAGGGCCCGGGAGCAGCAGCCCGAGGAGCCGGAGAACACCUCCACUAUCCUCUACAUCGGGCACAUCCCCCAUGGGUUCUACGAGGAACAGAUGCGAGGUUUCUUUCAGCAGUUUGGAACUGUUAAAAGAUUGCGGAUUGCCCGAAACCGCAAGACAGGAAAGUCCAAGCACUAUGGAUUCAUUGAGUUUGAGAACCCCGAGGUAGCAAAGAUUGUGGCAGAUGAGAUGAACAACUACCUGCUGUUUGAGCACACUUUGCAAAUUGCCCUUGUUCCACCUGAGAAAGUUCAUCCAAAAUUGUGGAAAGGGGUGCGGCGCGGAUUUGUACCAAUUGAUCGCGUAGCAAUUGAGCGGAGGAGGCUGAACAAGGAUAAAACAAUAGAAGAGCACAAAAAGAUGGUUGACAGAAUCGUAAAACGGGAUGAGCAGCGCCGCAAAAGAAUCAAAGCUGCUGGGAUUGAUUACGAGUGUCCAGCCCUUAUCGGCAGCGUUCAGCCUGCAGCUAAGAAGAUCAAGUUUAUUGAGGAUUAACGUCCUUGCACCAGUAAUGAGCAGUGACAGGACAGUCGAGUCAAAUGUCUGAUUUUAGCGAUGAAGAGAUGGCAACAUCAUUUUGUUAGUUACGAGUUUAAUCGGUGUUGUAUGAGUGUGACCCAAAUUACACAAGAAAGCAUUUGAAAUUCUGAGCCUA